UACACGCACGAACACACGCAUAGAUACAUACACGCGUACACAUAUAUACGUAUCUUUCCCCUCCUCUCUUUCUCUCUCUCUCUCUCUAAUUUUUAUUUCUCCUCCGAUGGUCGACUGGAUUUUCAACCGAUCGCAAAGCAUUUCGCCGGUUGCUCUAUCGAAGAGAAAUAUUACACCGGAUAGAAGAGUGCACAGGCGAAUAUCGCAUGUACAUAUAACACAUAUAUAGAGAGAGGGGAAGAACCGAAAGUCAUACACCGGUACGUGGUCUAACCGAACGAGUUACACUCUUCAAUUGUAGUUUUGUCUUUCCGUGUGCGGCGUGUAUUCGCGUUGAAUCAAACGGGCAAAUCCUGUUACAUAUUCCACACCAAGGCCGUCUCUCUUUUGCUCUCGUUACACGACGGGAUACACGCGCGCGCACGUUACAAGUACGUGAGCACGCACGCGAAAAGAUUGCUUCCGGAUGCGGUGAAUUUCCAAUGACCACGUCGGAGAAGAUCGACGAUCGAAAAGCGCCGGAACGCUGCUACAGUUUGAUACUUUUUAACAGAAAUCAUAUCCUGAGAGGAAGAGAAAGAGAGAGUGGUGAAAGUUUUGGAAGAAAAAGAAAGAACAGGGAAUACGUUGGUCGACGGGAAGGAAGCGGAAAAUCCUAACGACGGAGACGAUGGAGUGGUAGGCCUCGGACACGGCCCACCCCUUCUUUCUUGCUUCCCGGUUUCUCCUAUUGUCUAUUCCUUCUUUCGUUCUCGAUUUUGUUCGAACAACUUAAUUUCACCGGUACGUACCGGUUGCACUAAUCAACGAUACGUACGACGACAGUUGGAUAGAGUUACACGCGAUUCCCUUCUUCUGUCACGCCAUUCAAUUCCUUCCUUUUUUAAUUCAAUUACGUAUGUGAAACCAUUCGCUUCGAACGACCUUUUAAGACCGAUAUUUGCUGCCAAUCUUACUUACGUUCUUUUUUCAGUUUAAUUAUCAUAAAUGAUCCCUCUGUGCUAGGCGCCAGUAAGACUAGGCUAUCAGAUUGUGUAACAAGUUUGUUCCCUAAAAGAGUAGCUACCAAAUGCUAAUUGUUUUUAUGUAAAAUGUGCUCCGACAUAUGAUCGUCUGUAUAAAAUUGGUCACGGGUUUAAGUAGCACUUAAAUUCGCAAUAACUUAUUAAAAAAAGGAAUAAACUUCGCAAUCUACUGGAAUAAAGUGAGAUCUAAUAGUUUAACACCUGAAACAUUAUUGAUUGGACAGACGAUGUAGACAAUUAAUGUUCAGUUCGAUUGUGAUUUUACUUUAACUAGCCCUAGUGCAGAAGGGUUAAAGUUUCGUUAAAGUCUUAACACAUACGCAUGUUCAAUCCCUUUCUUCUUCUCUGCUCAUUUCCAUCUGUCUGGAUACUCAUUAACGUUUAAUUCUCCUCUCUCUUUCUUUCUCGUUCUUUCGUUACUCCGUUCCACGUUCAACGCGUUCACACAUCUAUUCCCUAUUAUCUUCGUGCACGCACAUUUAUAUUCUCACGCACGUAUACACACGUAUCUCUAACGCAUACAGAAAGAGACGGGAAUCAUAAGUGCCGGACGUCCGACCACUGUUCGCCUUGAAUUCUACUUACACCUCGAAGGUGGCAAGAAAGAGUAAAGAAGGUGUAAAAUCGACGGGAGAAAGAAGAAGCGGUAGUGAUCGAAGGAGGAGGUGGUGGUAGAAGGUAGUUGUGGUUCGAGAGAAGUAAAGGAAAGAGAAGGAAGUGAAGCAAGUGUAGCCGCAUUAUCGUCGCCGAGGAGCCACGUCCUCGACAGGAGGAGAUCAAACCUGGCCUGACGACCAUUUCCGUCGUCGAAACGGCCCCGUCGCUCGCAAAGCGACUGUGUGUCACUACUGUUCCACUGCCCUACACACCGCGGCCUCAUGAUUGGUUCAUUCUGGAACCUCUGCCGUGCGUGCCCUUCAAUGCCGAUUGACAAGCUCCAUUCAGAGUAUAGGAGCACGUACACAUGGCACGAGUACACCGGUCCUCACCAAGAGCAUACGGUCGUCCGUCGGGCGCCACAACCACCCCCGACGUCGACGAAACAAGCGAGCGCGAAGCUACAAUCGGCCAAGUCAACCGAGGAUGAGAACAAUGAAGGGCCCACGUUGGAACCGCCAUUGCCAAGGCGAAAGAAAUGCCCGGAGCUUGCGUACAAGACGCACGAGUUCAUGACGGCAGCCGAUGGGGGUGGCAUCGACGCCGUGGAUUCGAACGUCGUAGCUGACAAAGUACGGGAAGUUACAGCGCACUCGGGGCUGCCACCCAGUCAACUGAGCAAAGCGAUCUCGCGGAUUAGUACCGAAUAUCGUUUGCAGUUCGCCUGGCCUAGAAGAUCUCAACUGACGAAUGGCGAAGCGGUCCCGGACGUUGCAGCCGCCGGACUCCCAGCAGGUACGACAGGGCCACCUAGAAAGUCUCUCAGCAUGGGAGCUCUUAAGCAGGGUAUCGCUCCCACAGGACCUGCACCGGUUCACAAGAAACGACCCGGUGACAUCGACCACAAACGCGACGGGAUGCAAGCAUCGGAGCUGGAGCCCCUCGUUGGAGGAACUGGAACGGACACGAUCGACGGAGUGGUGCCCGAGGGUGACGAGCGCGAGGAGGAAAUACCGGACGUGAGAAUGUCUUUCAGGGGUAAAAAGUCAGGUAGGACCGUAAGGAUAUUGGAUGAUAAAGGACUGAGCAAACCGCAGAAGAAACCAUUUCCUACUACCGAAGUCAUCGAGCUUAGGCGACUCGCUGACGAGUAUAAGCAUCGCGACUGGGGUUGCGGUCUGGCAGCGGAGGACGAGGCUUCGCUGUGGAAACAAGUAUCCAGUAACCACGCUCUCAACGCGCUGUCUCUUGCCAGGUCAGUGACAAAGGAAGAAAAAGAGAAAGAGAAUACGAGGAAAGUCGCCCCUUCAACCACGGUGACCAUGCCCCCAGCUGGAAGACCGUCCUCUGUUCAGGCAAGACCCAUGCACGGGAUCCUGCAGGACGAUUCGAAAACGGACACCGAAAGAGCGAUAGCUCGCGCAAGAAAGGAUUUCUUGAUUCGUCAUCAUCUGGAUCGUACUACUGGCGUGGGAGACGGUGCACUGCUUCCCUCUCCGACGAGAGAGAAGUUGGAGCCCGUGAUACCACGACGUCGAGAGGAUACAAAGGAGCAUCGGGAAGAGAUUCAACCGAAAACGAAAUCCAGUCCCAAGAACAGUCCCAGAACUGGCCGCUCUCAAAGCCUCGGUCCCACCGUGACUGAACGUCGUUCACCUAAGCGUCAACCGUCUCGUGCACCGUCUGUCACCAAAGAUGCGAAGGAGAAGGAGAAGGAAUCGAAGGACAAGGAGAAGGAAAAAGAUAAAGAACUGCCUGAACGGCAUCCACGACCGACGGGUGUUUCAGUCACGGGCCCUGGCCGCGUGCGUUGGAGCAUACGGGAACCGUCGACAGUUUCCUCGACGGGUUCGACCAGCGUGCCGCCAUUACCGCCACCACCCUCGGGCCCAGGGCCUACUCCGUUCUACAGGAGGUCCCCGCAGGUCCAUCGGAAAUCCUUCCUCGCAACCACCGCUCCCCCCCAUCGACCUCUUCAUCACGCCAAACCCUCGACCACUACCACCACAAUUACUACCGCCACAACCACCACAACCACAAACACGACAACAAGUACAAACGUAAAAGCCCCGGUAAAGCAUUCGGUUCAUACGAGUGUCCAUCACCACCCACCAAUUGCGUCGAGCGCUGCCGCUGCGGCCAGGCCGGACCGUGUUAAAGAUAUAAGCCGGUCCCAAGUGUCCCAACAAGGCCCGAACGAGGCACAGGCAAAAACGGGCCGCGACCAGACAGCUGCGGCUGCGGCCGAUCCAUCCAAAUCAUCCUCCGAUAGUCGAUACGCGUCAAACCAAGCCGCUAACGCCAUACAAUCUAUGACGGCAGAGCCGCAGGUAAACGGGGACGUGACUGGAGGAGAUUCCAGCGUCGCGUCGACGCCGCCGUCGCAGACUCAGCCACCGGUUUCCGCAACAGCCGUAAGUCCGUGGAUCGACGACGAGCCGGUGGUGAAGAGUCCGCCGGAACCAACCAGGGUAAAGUCGCCCGAGCAAAUGAUCAUGCGCUCACCGGAGCCGGUCAACUGGACAGUGCCUCUGGACACCGGGAAAACGUUCACUGUCACUCAAAACGUCAGAGAAGAGCCCCUGACGCGUCCGCAUAGUGAGGCGAAGAGCUGGGCACCCUCGUCCGUACCAUCGGCCCCGCAAUCCGCACCGCCCGAACUAGCGGCCCAACACAAAUCGCAACACUCGCAACACUCCGGUUACAAAUCGCCGGAGAGCGAGAGCGUCUCUUUAGGUAGUUUUAGCGGCUUGAACGGACACAAAGAUAUGGAUUCGGAAAGGGAUAGUCCUUUGCCAACGAACGUCCAGACUGCCAGUACCCCAACGCAGGGUGAUAAGGAAUCGGGAGGCACGAAGGAGGAAACGAAGGACCCGCAGAAACCUUCGGAACCUUCGAUAAAACCCGUGGCAGGAACGAAUCUGCGCUGCUUGGAGGAUCCAGGUUUCGAGUACGAUAGGAAAAAGGAAGAUAGCCAGCCAACGACAACAGCUGCGGCGCCGUUACCCGCAUCGUCGUCGUCGUCGUCGUCGACGGCUCCGCAGCCGGGCUAUCGUAUUUUGGAAGCUGACUCACCCCAGGGUGGCACUACAGGCGGUGGUGUAGGCGGAGUCAGUAGCGGGGCUGGUUACCACGUGCUUGAAGCACCGACGGUGGUUCCUGGCUCGGCGCAACGUUCCGCGGCGAGCGAGGUGUUAGAGAAAGCGCGAAAUCGCUUCGACAAGUUCUGGGGAAAGGGCAACGGCUCGGAGAACUAGAGAGACGGGAUAAAAUAAAGUAGCGACGUCCUUGAAAACGGAGAACCAAGCAAAUGAGGAAAGAGGGUAGAGGAGAGAACGGAGAUGAAAAGAAACAAUUCGACGAGGUUCCUGUGAAAACUCCUUUCGUGGUUCGUCUUCUCGUUCCUCGCUGUUUCAUUCGCGGGGAGCGAGAAAGAUUUAGCAGAUUCCUUACGUUAUCGUCUUACGUUAUUGCGUGGCAAACGUCCGUUUGAAGGGGUUCGGGUGUUUUCUUGCGUUCGUUCGAGUGCAUUCGUUGCAAUGAGGAAAAAUGACAAGCAGGGUACAAGAUUUGGGUGCUUUCCUACAUUCUUCAGACUAUUAUCAGACGGAUUGAGAAUCGAAGUGAUGCUACGCGUCGAUAUCAACGAAUCAGCUUUAACGAGAGCAGAGGAGCUUUUUAUUAUACGGAAGCUGAAAGCACGUAUUUCGUAAGGCGAGAACGAGGAGAACGAAGACGGUGCGGGCGGGCAACGCGUCAGUCUCGUUGAAACUCGGGGAAUCAUUCGGAGGAUACAUUCUGUAAUGAAUACAAACAUACGCAAAAGUCUAUACACGGUACACGUACAUAAACGAGGAUUCUUGUUUCAUAAAGAACAUCGAUCUAUCCGUAAGAAAUGAUCGUGAAGUCGUAACGAAGGAAUGAUUGAGAAGGCGUGAAACAUCUGCUCGAAUGCUCGACUACACUGGCAUAGACACAUACAUCAGAAGUACACAGACAAAAAGACACGUAGAAAAGACACGCACCUAGACGAACUCACGCGAGUCAGUAAGUUUUUAGGAUAUUUCAAGUGAUCUCGGGGGAUCCGCCGUAGUUAAGCCCGAAUUCUUUUUCCAUUGAUAAAAAUAUUGAUAAUUCGAGUAAAAUAAGCGAAUCGAAUCGUGAAGAGACAAGGUACGGCUUAUCGCUAUAAAUAAUGAAGGUAAAAAAGGAUGCAAAUAGCCUUUCAACCGCUUCGUGCGUUUUAUAUAAGUCUAUAUACGGAAGACAAUUAUGUACGUAUACACUGAUAUGAAUGUAUACAGCAAUUAAUGGAUGUCGCACCUCGCGAAACAAACUUGUUGAUCGCGCGCACGGUAUCGACUCUGCGGAUCUUUACAUAACGAUCAUUAAUUUCUUGUUGAUUCGAGCCAAACAUUGAAAAUUGAAUCGUGCACGAUAGAUCCGUUUGAUGGUCGAUGGUACAGCGGGAAAGUUCGUUUUCUUUUCAAAUACCGUGUAACUUCCUCUGUACGUUUGUCGGGUUGGAAACAGACAUCUAUUCCAUUUCCGCGUAAAAUCUCGACCGUUCUAACAGAAACUUACACAAAUCAUCAGUUAUGCCGUUGCAGUCUUCUUUAACAGUGUUAUAAAAUUACCCUUAUAUACGAGAUGUUCUUCAGCAUCUCUCGUGCUUCGUAAGCUUUUGAUUUUAUCCCCAACACUCUGAAAAAGUAUAUAAAAAUAAAUUUCUCUGAGAACGGUUGAACAUCCCGGCAAACAGAAUUUACACCUGGAAGCGAAACGAAUUACUGUAGUGAGGCGUAGUGUUUUUUUCACACGUGAGUCACAACUUUUCCAUGGAGGAUGACCCAGGAACAAGUUGAGAAAAAAGAGACGAGCAAGAAAUUCGCGCGUGCCGGAUAAUCGAAAAGAUAUUCCUUCGAGUUUCGCGCGAGAAUCACGACGCUUUCACGCGUCGCUUGGAUUCGAAACAUACAAUUUUGGUGCUAGUCGAAGAUGCAUCGAACAUACGGAGCUAUGAUGAGUAACGAGAAGAGACUUUCUAGUCGAAACGGUGAAAGGGCCAGGACGCCUACCUUCCCGUUCCAUGCGGUAUAUUCCGUCUAAUUUGUUAUACAUGAUAAACUCAUUCGUACGUUCCUCUUUCGAGCGAAUUGAAAUGAAGAAGAGAAAAAAGUCGGUCAGGCUCGACGCUCGAUAACGAGGGUCAUCGUGGCGAUAAUGAGCUGACCUGUAAGUUACACAGGAGCAGGAAUAAGUUUGACAGGAGCAACAAAGGAGAAAGAAUAACGGAAGGAUUCCCUCUCUGGCGAAGAAGAUAAACACUAGGGAACGAGGAGGUGAAACAAAAAAUGAUAUUUAAACCGAAGCAGUUUUCUUGCUCACACCGGAGAAGAGGGCCCUUGUUCUCACUUCGAGGACGAUGGAAGGAAACGUAAUAAGGAUGAGGAAAAUCUAAAAAGAAUCAAGCGACGGAGCUUUAUCUCUCUCUCACGCGCAUUUGAUAUACCGGUACACCACACUCCAUCCAGAUCCACGUCCAAGAGUCAACCAACCGUAGUGAAGCAGUAUAAUGAUAAUGAUUAAUAAUGAUAAACGAUACUCUAAAUAAUAAAGAAAAAGCGCUAACGGCGAAAAAAUGAACAAAAAAAUAUCGUACGAUAAAAAGAAAUUAAAGAUGGUGAAAUGCGGACUGACAAGAAAGACUCGAUGAAACGACUGAACGAUGGCUGAUCGAUGACGAUUCUUUAGUCGUUAAAUGAGAUUUAAAAAGAAAAUACUAAAUAAUCAAAAUGAUCUUGAUUGCAUCGAGAAUCGAUACUAAAGUCUUUCAUUAGCUCCAUUUAUAUACUUUCCUCUAUUUUCCCGAUGUUUGAUCGAAAUUUUCAACAGUGCGGCCUAUAUAUUCUCUUUUCCUUCUUUUCGCAUAACAUCAGUGACAAUCGCGAUUAAAUCUCGAUGGCAUGAAAGAUAAGCUGAUUAAAAAUUCAUCGUCGAUCGAGCUAUUCUCGAAGUAUGAGAUUAGACAAGGAUUGGCUGCGUUUCGAGUUUUAUUUUAUUUUUUUUCUCUCUACGAGAUUCACGGACCUCCGUCUUCUCCCUUCUACCCUAAACUCUUCCUUUCCUUAAACCCCGACUGACGAUGAGUUUAGAAACGGGAAAACGUUACCUCUGUUUACACCGAUCUGUUUGCUUUGAUUCGCGUUCAGAGUUAAAUUGCAUCAGUGUGACUAUUGUGAUAAUAUGUAUAUUUACUCGUUGCUGUUAAGUAGGAGUGGACUAAAAGUUUUUUGGCGAAUUUCACAUUGUUGCUUUUGUUUCUUGUUAAUCGAUGAACACCCAUUUUUAUGAGAAUGAAAAACAGUUAUUAAAUACGUAAAAUUUCUAUACGCGUCACUGCAUUUUGUGAUUUAUACUGCACUCGUCAGAGUUGGACGCUCGAAGCGUUAGACACUUGUAUUAAUGAUGGACGGAGUAGAAAUCGCAGCGGUGUGACGCCUAUCCGGAAAUCCCACUUCAACGUGGCGAACAGUCAAACAGCACAUUAGAAUCGGUCCGAUGUUCGCCAGUUUAUCAGAGGUUGAAUGUGUGAAAUAAAGAGAAAUCAAAAGGGGGUAAAGGUAGAACAGUUUGGUGUAAGCAGUAUCUAUCUAAAAUUGAGAACGCAAAGCGGAAACGUUGAUGAACCGAGCUCGUAGCCGCUUUAAAACGUUGGAGAAGCACCUCGCAGAGCUUACACUGCCCAUCCGAAUUUAGAAGCUGAUUUGUCCUGUGAUUUCCAGAACGUUACACACCGUCAUCGUAGAGCUAUUAUCUACUAAACGCGACUAAACACACUCGAUGUCGACUUAAAAGAAUCACGAGAUGUGCACGCGGACGAUCGUAGAAAAUUGGGCAAAUUUUUCUUCGCCGACUGCGAGAUCAAUCAAGGAAAUCGCCGCGCCGUCAUAUUUUGUCACCGUGGAUUCAAAGACUGUGUUCCUGUUUCCGAACGUAGUGCAAACGCAUUGAGUACCGUAGAGAAACGAACGAUAAACUCUUCGUUAUUUAUUUUUAUCGAUUAAAUGAACAGACUUGAAUCGUGGAAUUCGUUGACCGUUCGUAACGACUUUUCUGCCGAGCUUCAGAAGUAAAAAUCGGUUUUCCUAUGUAUCUAGUUACGCGCGUCUGUGUAUAGGGAAAUGUGUAUAAAGGGGAAAGGCUUGAAAGCGGAUGAGUAAGGAUGAUCGUUUUUAAUCGAACGAAGUUCUACCCUCGCCGUUCCAAGCCUUUCCUCUGUAACGCGUAGACAGAUCUUGGAUUCUAGUAUUGUUGAAUGCGAGUUUACGUAAACCAUCGAUGAACGGGCCUUAAAAAAGAAAUGGCAGAUCCGUGAACGUGCUGGUCACGUUCUAAACACGCGUUUUUCUAUUCGCUGAUGUUGAGGUACAAGGAGGAGAAAGCGAGAAACACAAAGAAAUACGAAAUACCCAUAAGAACAUCUUUUUUACAAUUCGACAAAGUGAAUCAAACAAAUGGAAACUCGUAAACUUAAAGAUCUUACUAAAAAUCGAAUUAUUAUGAGCAUAUUUCGGUAAUCGAAAAUCUUGAAUUACUUUCGAUUUCGCUCAUGACUUUCGGCUCGCGAUGGAAAUUUGUAUAUAAAAAGCAAACGAUGUCUCUUUUGUUUCAAUAUUUAGAAUUGAUGUAAAAUCGAGAAAAAUCACUUUCUUUUGGCUUUGUUUUAUUUUGAAAGGAAUGUAACACGCGAACAACUGUUCGGGGUUUCGCCUUUAUUCUCGCCUCAGUCUUAAUGCCUACUUAUACAUAGAUAGGUCGUACUAUACUAAAAUGCGACGAUUAUAUACAAAGUAUAUAUGUAUACAUAUAAAUAUAUCUAUAUAUACAUUAUAUAGUAUACCUAUUAUUUAAAAUGAAAAGAAAAUGAUGCGAAUGGAUUGAAGAUGUUUGAUCAACGAUGGUAUUUGAAACGAAGUAAGUCGAGAGGACCGAAGGACAGAGGCUGUUUCGUCAGAAUAAGAGAAUCGCGUGGCACCAUCAAUUACUAAAGAGAUACGGCGACGGUGAUGAAUAUGCUUUAUAAUACAACGAAUGACGCGUGAACAUUUUUCAGUUUCUUGUUGUGCAUUAAGAACGUCGAAUCGAAACCGAUCAAAUUUCUGUUCGCUUUUUAUUUUGUAUUCGAGAGAGCAUAAGAAACCGAAGGGGCGAGAUCUUUCAUAGUUUGCCGAACGAAUUGGACGCACAGUAAAAGAAAGAUCGAACGAGCACCGCGAAGAUGAAUUUUUAAGAAGCGACACGUUUCUCCGUUCAUAUUUUGUCACGUAAGAAGAAAUUUUACUAGGUGUCAUAUAUCUAUAUUUGAUGAAACAUCGGGCCCGAAUCGUUUGCCGUAACGCAGCCUUACUCAUCAUUAAGAAAAAGAAAGAAGACGUGGACCACAUCGGAAGAGUAGUACUCUGGGAAAAGUGAUUGAGAACUAUACAGGGCAUUCAGAUUGUUUGGAAAAUAUCGGUCGAUUUACUGCCAAAUCGUGACAUCUAUACAUAAUCUUCGUUCAAUCGCUACUUUAUCGCAAACGAUCCCAUUGUUUCCACGGGACCCGAUAUUUCAAGAUAAGUUCAAUUUUUAAUCGAUCGAGUGCAUAAGAAAAUCGUGGCUAGCGAGCGGCUGGAAAUUUCAAGAGACCGACUUCUUCUUUCGCGAUUAUCAACCGCCUUUCUUUCUUUCUCGUGAUUCCCUUCCCGCGCUCAACGUGCACACAUACCAGGAACGAUUAAAUAUAUUGUAGUUUGCGAUUUGUUGUUUACGAAAACGAUUAAACCAAGGAGAGGAAGAGA